ACAAUGACGGUAAAGCUGUUGUUGAAGGAGUGGAUGGAAGGCACAUCUCCAAUGCAGACACCUUUUCAUUGACUGAUGUUCAGAUUGGCAUUCCUUGGGCAGUUUUAUGCAGUUUUGAUAUUGAGAAUUACCUGCAAUCAAACAAUAUUCAUGUUGUUAAAAUAAACGAAUUCAUGAGUGAUGGUUUGUUUCAGUGUAAAACAAAGACUUUACAGGAUGUGACAAAUAUAUUUCAGGAUUUUGCAAGGACAUCAAUGUACUCAAGACCUGUUACAUUUGAGUGUGUUUCCGCAUUAAAGCUUCUAAUGAAGAAUAAUGAAAUAAAUUAAAAUGUUUUUCUUUAUUUAGAAAAGUUAUGUAGACAACAUAAAACUCAAGUAUACCAAUGCAUGAUAACUGAAAAAGUUUUUGUAUGUGGCAAAACUAAAACAUGUGUUGACAAAGCACAACCUGUGCUUGCACAAUCAAUUGUCAAAAGUGCUCUCCAAAGAGCAGAAUUGGACAAAAUUCAAUCCUAUAUAGAACGGUGGGCUUCGAAAAACAAACUUGUUAAAUUGGCCGAAGAUGAUUAUGCUGUUGUGUAUUUGGUAACAAGUGAUGUAAUGGAAGACUUUAAUGAAACAGUUAUAAAUGACCAUUUUUUUAAGCUGCCCUCCCUCGAAAGUGAAACACUAUCAAAAAAUAAAAAAAGUUACACUAAGCUUAUGGAUUUGGCAAAAAAACUCAAUGUUACUAUUGUUCAACAUGACAAACACACUGAACUACUGCAUUUAAAUGGUACAAAGAAUGGUGUACACAGACUUAUAAAAGAACUCCAAAAGAUAUUUUGUGUACAUGAAGUGAAAGUGCCAUUACCAGUAUCGCCCUUGAAGGUUUAUGAAAUUGAACAAUCACUUACACAAAUAGCUGAUGACUCAAACUUCUGUGUUGAAAUAUCUUUACCCAGGAAGGAUCGAACAGGGGGUUCUUUGAUAGCGACUUGGUUUAAUUCGGAUGCGAGACAAAUCCAUGUUGUCCAGGGUAACCUGUUGGAACUAAAAGAGGACACAAUUUUGAUUCUUACCACAGAAUAUCUAUUUCCUGUGGCUAAACUGCAAACACAAGAAAACGUGAAACCUGCAGUGACUCUCUGGAAGAAAUACGCGUACACAUGGGACAAAGCUGUGUUUUCAGAGAACAUUCCAACACGCUGUCUCCUUCCAAUCUAUGAGCAUAAUAAAAGUGGUAACAGUAUCAGAAAUCUAAAUGCAGGGUUUCAGGAUGCCUUUUCCAAAAUAACUGCGAAACAAUUCAAAACAGUUGCUUUUCAUUCAGAUGUUAUGGAAGAAGUGCAGCAUUGCUUUCCACUUUUCCUCAGUGAACUUAAAGCACACAUUAUGGCUAAGGACACUAAGUAUGGCAUCGACGCUGCGGCCUUUAAGGCAUCUGCAGGUUGGUACACCCACUUCAUGGAUCGCUUUGGCCUGACGCUGCGCCAAAGGACGCACAUUGCCCAGAAAUUGCCAGCUGAUGUCGAUGCAAAGGUGUUCUCCUUCCACAGCUUGAAACGGUCGUUGCUCGUGUGGGACAUGUUCCGUGUCCACCCGAUGGACCGUAUCAAGAGACGCCUGGUAGAUCUACGCACCCACCAGGCUGUGAAACCUAGAGGGUGUACGUCAGUUCUACAGCCUCUUGAUGUCUGCUUGAACAAGCCGUUCAGGGUUGGUUCGCCAACAGCGGAAUCAGUGGAUAGUCGACGUUCCACAUUACCUGAUGAAAGCGGGAAACUUGAAGCGGCCAGGGCUGGCAAGAGUGUGUUCUUGUAUGAGGGCUCAGCAUUGUCAGGGAAAAUUGGGGCUGCAGAAAACCAAGUCCAGGCUGAUGUCUUGGUAAACACAACAGAUGCACACCUUAUGUUUUCUUCAGGGAUCAUUUCAAAACAAAUACUUAAACAUGCAGGUACCGGAAUUCUGGAUGAAUGUAAAGAAAAGUAUCCGUCCGGAAUCAAAGAAGGAUCAUUUGCAGUCACUAGUUCUGGGAAGCUGGCUGAACAAACAAAAGCUCGCUACAUUUUUCACUGCGCACUUCCUUCAUUUGAAAAAGAAAAGUUUGAUCAGGUCAUUCAAGACAUGGUAAAACAAAUCCUUGUGGAGGCAGAACAAAGAAAAUGUGCAUCUAUCGCUUUUCCACCUAUUGGUACAGGGAGUUUUGAAUAUCCUGUAAGAGAGACCAUAUAUGCUAUGCUGGAAACGACUUAUGAGUAUACAACCUCAGCAAUAUGUUCCUGUCUCGAAAGAAUUCUUUUCAUCAUAUAUGUUGCUGCGGAUAGUAAAAACAUUGAGCAAUUUAUUGAGAUUCAUAAUGACAUUAAACAGGAACGACAGAGACGAUUAAAGUAUGAUUUAAGAUUAUCAUUUGUCCUUAUCAAGUUUGUUUGCGAUAACCUGGAUGGAGCUGUCACACUGAUUUAG